UCCUCCUAUAAUGAACGGAUCGGGAGGAGGGAAGGAGAGUGUGUGUGUGAGAGCGCUCGCAUCCUAAUCUUCCUGUUCAGCAUCUCUGCUGGCUGUCUGGAUGAUCCCUCUCUCUUAUGUUUGAACACAGGCCAUCAUUACCGGAUACACAGCUUUUUGGGGGAUUUGAAAUUGUUUUAAUAGAGGGACUAUUUUGACGUAGUCAGCAUAAUUCAACGACAGCAUGUGGCCCAAUGAGAGCUCAGAAAAUCAAAGGUGAUUAGAAGUAACAAACUGCUGUCCUUACAGUCAAACUCAAGAGAACCAUUUGAUUGGAGCCUCAAGGACCUCUCAAGAUUUCUUUAACUGUAAACACGCAACCAGUUCAAACAAACAGACACAAACCAUAUCAACUACGGAUUAUGCCCAUAUAGGCUCAAGACGUGCAGUUUAAGUAAGAACACAUCUAAAACAAUGGCGGACCCCUACCACAACAACGUUUACCACCAGGGAGAUGGAGACAGCUAUGGGACAUAUGGACAGGGAGGACCGGACGGCUACGGUUAUCAGACUGACUACCCUCCCCAAGAGGAGGACGCCGCCAGUGACGCCACCGAAGGACACGACGAAGAUGAUCAAAUGUAUGAAGGGGAGUACCAAGGCAUCCCACAUCCAGAUGAGGCCAAGACUGCCAGGAGGGCGGCGAGAGCGAAAGCGAGGACCUCGGCGGACACCGUUUCAGAUCAGGAGGAGCUGGCUGAACAAUAUGAGGACAUCAUGGAGGACUGUGGACACGGGAGAUUCCAGUGGACCCUCUUCGUGGUGUUGGGUCUGGCGCUAAUGGCAGACAGCGUGGAGUGCUUUGUAGUGGCCUUAGUGUUACCCAGUGCGGAGAAAGACAUGUGUUUGUCCCACUCUGAGAAGGGAAUGCUGGGUUUGAUAGUAUUUCUGGGAAUGAUGUUUGGAGCAUUUUUCUGGGGUGGCCUGGCUGAUAAAGUGGGCCGACGGAAAUGUCUGGUCAUCGUCCUGGCCAUGAACUGCAUCUCUGCCUUCUUCUCCUCAUUCGCUCAGGGAUACGGCUUCUUGUUCUUCAGGCUGUUCUCUGGAUUUGGGAUCGGGGGAUCCGUCCCAAUUGUGUACUCAUACUUCUCUGAGUUCCUGCAGAUGGAUAAGAGAGGAGAACAUCUCAGCUGGCUUUGCAUGUUUUGGAUGAUGGGGGGCAUCUACGCCUCCUUCACAGCCUGGGGCAUCAUCCCUCGAUAUGGCUGGGGUUUCAGUAUGGGCUCCGAGUUCCAGUUCCACAGCUGGAGGGUGUUUGUGUUGGUCUGUGCUCUCCCAGCAAUAGCAGCUUUUGUUGGGCUAAUGUUCAUGCCUGAGAGCCCACGCUUCCUGCUGGAGAAUGCUAAACAUGAUGAGGCCUGGAUGAUCUUGAAACAGGUUCAUGACACCAACUGGAGAGCCAAAGGAGAACCUGAGAGAGUGUUUACUGUAACUCAUAUCAAGACUCCAAAGACACAGGAGGAUGAGUUUAUUGAGAUUCAGUCUGCAACGGGAACUGCUUUCCAGAGAUGGGGUGUUCGAACUUUGACACUGACCAAGCUGGUCAUCAAAAAUAUUUUGUCCCUCUUGGGUCGUGAUCUAAGACUCGCUACUCUGCUAAUGGCCAUCAUAUGGUUCACUAUGGCAUUUAGCUAUUACGGGCUUUCGGUGUGGUUUCCUGACAUGAUCAAACACCUCCAGCACGAGGAGUAUGAAUCCAAGCUGAAAGUAUUUCAUCGGGAGAAGGUGGAGCAAUUUCAUUUCAACUUUUCUUUGGAAAACCAAGUCCAUAGAGAAGGAGAAUACAUCAACGACAAAUUCAUCAACAUUGAGAUGAAGUCUGUGAAGUUUGAAGACUCCUUGUUCGUGGACUGCCUCUUCGAGAACAUCCGAUCCACAGAAACGCUCUUCGAGAACUGCACCAUCCGCAGUACCAUAUUUAGCGACACAGACUUAUAUGAAGAAAAGUUCAUUGACUGUACAUUCGAGAACGUCACUUUCGAACACAACAAGAAGGGAUGCCAUUUAGACUAUGAAGAUGAAAACGACGUCCUCAUCUACUUGGUCAGCUUCUUAGGCAGCUUAGCCGUGUUGCCUGGAAAUAUCAUCUCAGCACUCUUCAUGGACAAAAUUGGACGAAUCAAGAUUAUAGGUGGUUCGAUGCUUAUUUCUGCUGGAUGUACCUUUUUCCUUUUCUUGAGCUUUAGCCAGGCAGCCAUUAUAGCCUGGCAGUGUCUGUUUUGUGGUGUUAGCGUAGCAGCAUGGAACGGCAUUCAAGUCAUCACCGUGGAACUCUACCCAGCUUCAAAAAGAGCCACAGCGUUUGGAGCCUUAAAUGCCAUUUGUAAGUUGGCGGCUAUAUUGGGAAGCUCAAUCUUCGCCUCAUUCGUUGGCAUUACCAAAGUCAUCCCCAUUCUGCUGUCCUUCGGUGCUCUGGUCGGUGGUGGAGUGUUGGCCCUUAAACUGCCUGAGACCAGGGAGAAGAUCUUGCUGUGAAAAUUGUUUGGUCCAAGCCAUUCUAUAUGACUAUUAGUGUGGAGAUAACAACUGCUGGCAUGUGAAAAAUUGGGUUUAUUCAAAAACAAACAAGCAAAAUACUAAUAAUAUGUGAUAUAGUGUCAACGAACUCCAAUAUUCAAAAAACUACAAGGACCAAAUGAUGGGUUUACCCCUUGUCAGCUAUUGAUUGAUAUGCCUGAUAUUACAAAACCAAUCUGCACUAGCUAUAUAGUUUCAGAAAAGUCUACAGGGAGUAUUAUAGAGAAAAAACUCUCUAAUGAAAAAUAAAAUUGUCCCAGAUUUGCUUGAAUGGAGUAAUCUGAGUUGUGGAAGUCUCAAUCCUGUGCCAUUUCUUGGUCAAAAAAUUCAGGUACUGUUGAAGAAUUUUCUUUUUAUCUUAUUCCAUAGCUUGUAAUUUGCUAGCGUCUCAUCCUCUGCCUUUGCUUAUGAUAUAAUCUCCACCUGAAAAGAGGUGUAAUUUUGUCGUGUGAGUUUGCAAGUGUCCCACUCUGUGUCAAGAGACUGAUCUCAAUGUGUCGCUGUACGUUCGGAUGCUCGGUGCAGAAUGUGCGCAAGUGUUUGUUAGGUCACUGCGGAAACCAUUACGUGCUUCCUCCGUUUUCUAUUUUUGCUUUAUUUAUUGUAAAUCGCUGGCAGAGUACCUUACAAAGCUAGCCUCGCUUUUACCGUGCCUCUCACUAAAUGUGUUGUUUCUUAGUGCUCUCUCACUCUCUUUCUCUAACGCCCUUUUAUUUGAUUAUUUUGCAUCCUGUGAAUCCUGAAGAAGUGGAACGGUUUGGUCACUUUGGACUUAAACUUCACAGAGCCACAUAUCUGUACUUGUUGUUGACUGAGUUGCAUGUGUGUAACUUACAAAGUAAUGUUUGUGUCAAUGUGCUGUCUGGAUGAUCUAAUGUAUGUCUCAGUGCAAAUAAAACCGGUUAGAUCAUACUAGUCAUUGGUAACCUGUAUCAUUUCAGUUCAACAUCAAUAAGCCGGUUAUAGGAAGGACAGUACACCCAAAAAUAAAGAAUCCAUCCUCUA